AUGGCAAAAAGGAGUAAGGGUCGCCAAAAGGUUGAUAUGGUGAAGAUGCAGAACGAGAGUAAUUUGCAAGUGACUUUCUCUAAGCGUCGUGCUGGUCUCUUCAAGAAGGCUAGUGACCUUUGUACACUAUGUGGUGCUGAAGUCGCCCUUGUGGUAUUUUCCCCAGGCAAGAAAGUUUACUCAUUUGGCCACCCUAGAGUGGAUUUGGUAGUGGAUAGGUUUCUCACAAGGAACUCUCAUAACCAGCUCAUUGUGGCUCAUCGAAAUGCUAGUGUUCGUGAUCUCAAUGUGAUGACCCAAAAGAUGGCUCCCCAGAAUCAGGCUCUAGCAGCCCCGCCGGUUGGGGUAGUUCGGCCAGUUGUUGCGGCACAGGCCGAUGAUAGGAUUGCCAGAGUCACUACAACGGUUAUCUGGACCGUUCGGGUCAGCUUCAGCUUCAGCAGCCACGGCAUCUGGAUGGAUGUUAUGAGUGUGGCAACAUUGGCCACAUCAGGAGUAUUAAUGCAAGAUGGCAGGGUUAUUGCAUAA